CGCAUAGUAUAAACAUGAGGAUUUGAUUGUCAACGUGCGAACGACUGUUUGACAUAAGCAGCAAUUGAGAUACGCACACCAGGAAAAGUUAAAAGUAAAAAAUUUCUUCAAGCUUUUUUCAUUCUAGCAUUUUCUUCAUUUAUUGAGAAUUUAAUUCGGAAACAUUUAGAAUAUUUUAAGUGUUACAAUUAUUGGUUUGGAUAUAUUCAGAUUGUAUUGUUGGUGAUUUCAUCGGGUAACACUGUUUGUAGUGUUUAAGGGAAAGCAACAGCAACAGCAACAACACUUGUCAAAUGACAUUUAAGUCGUAAAAAAAAUACAGCAAGCCGGAAUUUCUGUGAAGAAAUACAUCAUACAAAGUUCCAUUUUCGUUGUGGUAGCAUGUUUUCCUAGAUUUUUCGUACAAAAAUCAUUUAAACUGUGUGACAAUCGAUAGCUAUACAUACAAAGACGCGAUACAAGCAAGCUAGUUCUUCUUAUAAACAGAACCAAACAGCAUUAAAAAGAAACCAUGGCCGAUCACGACGUUUCAAAAAUGAAGGUGGCAGAUCUGAAGCGUGAACUUAAAAAUCGUGGUUUAAAUGUGACUGGCAACAAAAAUGACCUGGUUGAACGUCUUCAAUCGGCUCUGAUUGAGGGUGAUGUUUUCGAUGACACUGCAAUCUCGGAAGAAUUGUUAGAUGACAAUGACGAUGUAUUGAACGAUGACGAGUUGGACGAAGAGACCAAGUCAUUUUUAAAUUCAACAGCACAAGAUGAGGAUGCAAUUUUGUCAUCGCCAAAAGGCAGCACAUCAUCCAAAUCACCCGAAAAUCCACCAGAAAGCAGCAAAUCGGCCACAUCGGCUCCGGCACAAGCCAAAAAGAUUGUAUUAAAACGCAAAUUGUUGCCGUCCGUGUCGUUAACCGAAAACGAUUCACCUAAACCCACCACCGAAAAUAAGGUAUUGAAGCUCAGCAGCGAUGGAGAUAGUGAUGGAAAUGCCGAUAAGGACAGCAAUGGAAAUAACGAUAGUAAUGUGGUCAAAUUGUCCGAGCUCACAAUGAAAGAACGCAUGGAAUUGAGAGCCAAGAAAUUUGGUGCUGCUCCAACUGGUGAUGCAGCAAAACUUGCUCGCGCCGAACGAUUUGGUAUUACGACAAACACUGCUCCGACGACCAAAACAGACAGCAAAAAUGGCAGUUUGACCAUCAUAAAAACUGCACCAGAUGUCGAAUUGUUGAAGAAACGGGCCGAGCGAUUUGGAGGUUCCGUGUCAAAUACAAUGGUCACCAUUGAACAGAAAGAGAAACUUUUGAAACGACAAGAACGAUUUGGCGCUGCAUCAACGGCUGUUUCGGGUACAGAAAAAACAACAAUGACGACAAAUCCAAGCACUACACAGGCCGCUAGCGAUUAUGCCGAGAAAGCAAAGCUACGAUUGGAACGAUUCAAAACUACAGCCUAAUGCAUCUUGUAUUAUGCCCAUUCUCAAUCAUUUUCCUUCUUUUUUUCUUUUGAAACUCACUUUUACGAACCUUAAAAAUUGGCACGUGUUUAUGGAGAAAAUUAGGCCAUUGAAUCUAACUGUUAAGCGAUUAAUACUUUAUUUUGAACGAAUUAGUGACUUUCUUAUUAUUCUUUCUUUCUUACUUCAUUACAUUAGAUUACUUGCCAUUGUGUGCAUGUAAGUUAUUUACUAAUAGUUCAUAAUUGUAAUUUCCAAAUUACCAUCUGAAGAUUGAAUAAAACGAUUUGAAGAGAAGCGAGAA